GGCAAUGAUAACUAUAUUCACCAAGGGUUAAAGUGGAUGCAAGAUGGAUUUCGAAAAGAUUCUAAGGGUCGCCUUCAAUCUGAUCCAGAAUACGAUAGUCGAACUCUUUGGUUACCUUCUGGCUUCUUAAAGGAACAAACUCCGCUAAUGAGACAAUGGUGGCAAAUUAAAUCAGAGAACUUUGAUUCAGUAUUGUGCUUUAAAGUGGGGAAGUUCUAUGAAAUGUAUCAUAUGGAUGCUUUAAUAGGCAUAUCUGAGUUGGGAUUAAUACUAAUGAGAGUAACUCAAAGUUCAACGGCCGUAGCGCAUUGUGGAUUCCCUGAAAUCGCCUUUUCAAGAUAUGCGGAAACUCUUGCUCAAAGAGGCUAUAGAGUUGUUCGAGUGGAGCAAACCGAAACACCACAGAUGAUGGAAGAAAGAGUUAAAAGCUCUACUCGCCCAACAAAGUUUGAUAAGGUUGUCAACCGAGAAGUUUGUGGUAGAAUUACAAAAGCUACCCGAACAUUCAGUGUUCAAAAUUAUGAAGAUCCAAAUUCUGAAAAUGCAUUUCUUUUGGCUAUCAUAGAAAGAGAAAGAGAUGAUCUUGCAGUCGGUCACAGCUUACUCGGUGUUUGCUUCCUUGACACAACUAUUGGAAAAUUUCACCUUGGUCAGUUUACUGAUGAUCGACAGUGUUCUCGAUUACGGACCUUAGUAACGCACUUUCAACCGGUUCAGAUAUUGUAUGAACGUGGAAAAGUCUCUAGUAAAUUACAGCAUAUAUUCCAGCACGAUUUGCUAUCCGCAAUGAAGGAUGCCCUUGCUCCUGGAUCCGAAUUUUGGGAUAGUAACAACACUUUAAAAAUUUUAUCAGAAAAGAGCUAUUUUACUAAAGAUGGAAACGAGGCUGAUGAUGCUUCGUUGGAUACCUGGCCAGAAACCUUACGAAAUUUUGUUGAAGGAGACGGAUUUGGUAUUACUGCUAAGGAAGAUUACGAUCUCACUGUCAGUGCUUUGGGUGCCUCCAUCUGGUAUCUUACGAAAUGCUUCUUGGAUUAUGAUUUGAUGUCUUUGAAAAAUUUUGAGGAGUACGUCCCGCCUGAUGCUCCAUCGCCAGAUCGUCUUGUAGCUGGAAAUAUUCUAAAGCAUAAACAUAUGAUUCUAGAUGCAGUUACUCUCAUAAAUUUAGAUAUUUUACCGACAGCGAGUGACUCUGGUCUUCGUGGUACUUUGCUGGAAAAGCUUGAUUAUUGCGUUACACCUACGGGCAAACGAUUAUUCAAGCACUGGCUUUGUACACCGUUGUGCGAUCCGGUUUUAAUCAAUGACAGGCUUGAUUCUGUAGAAGACUUGAUGGCUAUGUCUUCGGCAGUAUCUGACUGUUUAAAUACCCUGCGAAAAAUCCCUGAUCUCGAAAAAUUAAUUAACAAAAUACAUAGCCUUGGUUCCUCCCGAAGAAGUAAUCACCCUGAUAACAAAGCUAUCUUUUUUGAAGAUACCGCGUAUAGUAAAAGAAAAAUUUUGGAAUUCAUAUCUGUAAUUAAUGGUUUUAAAACCCUAUUACAAAGCAUUGAAUCUUUACAAACCAACCGAGAUAAGAUGAAAUCUAGGCUGCUAUUGCAAAUUAUCACUUAUACCGGCGAGAAUUUUAGCGGCAUUAAGGGAAAGUUUCCUCAAUUGUUGGAGUAUAUACAAUUCUUUCAGAAAGCAUUUGAUCAUGAGCAAGCAAAAAAGGAUGGUAAAAUAAUACCUAAACCGGGUGCUGAUCCUGAGUACGAUGAUGCCAUUCAGUCCAUAGCAGAAAUUAAGCAAGAACUUGAACAUUACCUUGAUUCACAAAAAAAGAGAUUAAAUUGUCGUAACAUUCGAUACUGGGGACAAGGGCGCAACCGAUAUCAGAUAGAGGUGCCUGAAUCAGUGCUAUCACGAUAUACACCAAACGACUAUGAAUUGAGAUCUCGCAAAAAGGGUUUCAAGCGAUUUUGGACCGGCGAUAUAUUGAAUUUAAUAGAAAGCCUAACGAACGCUGAAGAAAGGCGAGACGCAGCUUUGAAAGAUGCGAUGCGAAGGAUUUUUCUGAAGUUUGACGAGUACUAUGAAAAUUGGAACGUGGCGAUACAAUGCGUAGCCGUGUUGGAUGCGUUAUGUAGUCUGGCAUCUUACAGUUCUAGCAUUGAAAGCGAGAGUUGCCGACCAAAAGUUGCAUUCGCCGGCAAUAACGAUGAGCCAUACGUAGAAAUUCGAAAUGGUAGGCAUCCUUGCAUCUCGCAAACUUUCAGUGGUGGUGAUUUUAUCCCCAACGAUACUAUCAUUGGAAUUAAGGAUUCGAAUAAUUGCAACGAAACUGGUAAUAGUGUCCUGGUAACCGGACCAAACAUGGGUGGUAAAUCAACGUUGAUGAGGCAGGUGGGCCUGCUGGCAAUUAUGGCACAGCUUGGUUGCUAUGUCCCAGCCACUUCCUGCUGUCUAUCUCCAGUUGAUCGAUUAUUUACAAGACUAGGAGCAUCAGAUAGGAUCAUGUCAGGAGAGAGUACAUUUUUUGUCGAGCUAAGCGAAACUACAACAAUUUUACGACAUGCAACGAAGCACUCUCUUGUUCUCCUAGAUGAGCUAGGACGUGGAACCGCAACUUACGAUGGCACUGCUAUUGCCGGUGCGGUCGUUAGUCAUCUUGCGCAUGAAAUUAAGUGUCGCACGCUAUUUUCAACGCAUUAUCACUCGUUAGUAGAAGAUUUUGUAUCCGAUCCCAACGUUCGCCUUGGUCACAUGGCGUGUAUGGUGGAAAACGAAGAUGAUGAUGAUCCUAGUAAGGAGACUAUUACCUUCCUAUAUAAAUUUGUUGCUGGAGCCUGCCCUAAAAGUUAUGGAUUUAAUGCUGCUCGCUUAGCAGGCUUGCCUGACAACGUAAUAGUUAAGGCAAAAAGAAAAGCAAAAGAAUUCGAGAGUAGUGCUAAGAAAUUGCAUUUGUUCAGGUAA